UGUCUCUCACAACAGGUAAACAAUCAUAGAUUACUAAGGCUGUAAACACAAGGCCAGGACAUGCCCCGCUGUCGCUAUGGUGACGGUCCUCCAAGCCAGCCGCGCGGCGCUUCUCCAGCACGAGCCAGAAAGUCACCAGGAAGAGCAGCCCACUGACACCAUGACGUCAUCCACAUCGCCCCUCCUACUUUGCGCAGCCAGCUGUUACCAGGGAGACGAGUCACAUACGGAGCGGGGAAGCUGGGCAGGUUUGUACCUCAUGUGACACUGGUGGGACAGACAGAACCUCAGAGACCAGGUUACAGUGGAAUGGCUCCAACACUGGCUUGUUUUCAUUCUCAUCCUGCCAUGCCACUUCUUCAGUAAUUCAGAUGCAAAAUGAUCACAUGCUUUGUCCUUAGACCUUGACUUUGUUGUCUUGAAGAAAAGACAAUCUGUUUUGUUUACUUAACACUGAUUCAUUAAUACUGUGAAUUGCCCACGAAAAGGUACUGCAAGUCCAUUAACACUGAAACAAAAAUGAAUCGUUAUACCACUAUGAAACAGCUCGGGGAUGGUACCUAUGGCAGUGUGUUGAUGGGGAAAAGCAAUGAAUCAGGGGAGCUAGUAGCUAUCAAAAGGAUGAAAAGGAAGUUUUAUUCAUGGGAAGAAUGUAUGAAUUUGAGAGAAGUAAAGUCGCUAAAGAAACUGAAUCACGCUAAUGUCAUCAAACUAAAGGAAGUGAUCAGAGAAAAUGACCAGCUUUAUUUUGUGUUUGAAUAUAUGAAAGAAAACCUUUACCAGUUAAUGAAAGACCGAGAAAAUAAGAUGUUCACUGAGAAUGAAAUAAGGAACAUUAUGUUCCAGGUGAUUUCUGGGUUAGCCUUUGUGCACAAGCAUGGGUACUUCCACAGAGAUAUGAAACCUGAAAAUCUUUUAUGUAUGGGUCCUGAUCUUGUCAAAAUAGCAGAUUUUGGAUUAGUCCGAGAAUUGAGAUCUCAGCCGCCCUACACUGAUUAUGUAUCUACCAGGUGGUAUAGGGCACCUGAGGUAUUGCUGAGAUCCGCUGCAUAUAGUUCGCCAAUAGAUAUGUGGGCAGUUGGCAGUAUAAUGGCUGAACUAUAUACGCUACGACCUCUCUUCCCAGGAACAAGUGAGAUUGAUGAAAUUUUCAAAAUUUGCCAAGUUAUAGGGACACCAAAAAAAAAUGAGUGGCCAGAAGGAUAUCAACUUGCAGCAUCCAUGAAUUUCCGCUUCCCACAGUGUGUUCCUGUUAACCUCAAAACUCUUAUCCCUAAUGCUAGUGAAGAAGCUAUAACACUAAUGAAGGACAUGCUGCAUUGGGACCCAAAGAAACGACCCACUGCAAGUCAGGCUUUAAGGUACCCUUAUUUUAACAAUGGUCAAGUAUUGGGACCUGCACCGCAAUACAUUGAGCAGAAAAGGCCUGUAAAAAAAGCAGUGCAACCCGUACAACCGCAGCCGUCAUCUUCAACAAAGAAACAAUCUCCUUCUCCACCUGAUGCAUUAGAGAAGACAAUAGCUGACUCACCAGUGGUGAACCACAGGCCUCUGCAGCAGAUUCAGGUGCCGCAGAGCACAGCUAACAACAUUCUGCUGCCUAAACCUUCUCCAGUGUUCCUGCCCAAUAUCAGUAAUACAGUGUCUCCAAAGCCAGUGGCCACUGGAUCUCAACAUAUGGCUGCUAAUGCUAAAAAUGGAAGACGGCGCUGGGGACAGUCCGUUCUAAAGGAUAGUUGGGAUGACUUUGAUAAAGAAUUUGGCAUCUCUUAUUCUAAAAAACCCAGUAUGGGAGGAGUUAAAGAGAAUAAAAACAAUGAUCCAUUAUUCGGCAUGGCAGAAUAUGGACAAGAAAACAAAGCAAUGACAAACACGAGGAUUCUGAGAACGGAUUCAAGCCAAACCAUGUCAGCUAAACAGCAUUAUCUAAGGCAGUCUCGAUAUCUACCUGGGAUGAACCCAAAGAAUUUAGGAUUCGGGCUAGCCAACAAGGAAGUAAAUAAUUCAGCAUGGAAUAGUGCACUAACUUCUAAACCACUUGCUCCCAUUGGAGGAGGUAUGACGUUUAAUAGAGCUAUUGCAGGAGGAUUUGCUGGUCCUUCAUAUAACCCAAAUGGAGGAUACAUUCCAUCCAUUCACAAAAAAGAAGUUGGCUCUGCAGGACAAAGAAUACAACUUGCACCUCUUGGGGGAGCAGCAACAUUACCCACCAACAGUGAUGCUGUGAAUGGUAAACCAAAGGUUAUCAAACCAAAGCCUAUCUGCCUAAAAGCAGUAUGUGAGAGUCCACCAGAUUUUGAUGCCUGGAAAACAAAAACUGCGCGCACACAAUUGCCAGGUUCAUCAUUCAAACCAGCAACUAAGAACCUGUCUGUGAUAAACCGGCCACAACCACUUCAGCCAGUGCACGGGAGAACAGACUGGGCAGCCAAGUAUGGCGGCCAUCGCUAAAAGUAUUGUUACCAGUACUGGGGAGGGGGAGUUGGAAGUAAUUAUUGGGUUACUGGAGUCAGAGUCAGUAAAAAUAUACCAACACUUACUAAAGCUACAUUUGCUGGUAUGCAAGUUGAUCCGGCGUUAUUUCAAGCCUCAGAAAUUACAUGUGUAACAUAGGUUUAAGCUUAUAAUUGACAGAUAAGUUAAUUCCCAAAAUAAUGUGCAACUUUUGUGCCUUUAGGCAGCAGAAGUCAACAAAUAGUCCAGUUGAAAAAAAAAAUUUUUUUCAGUAAAUUAUCCUUUUAUGAUUAUAUUAUUAUAUGAUUAAUAAGAGUGAAUAAUGACUAAACAUACUAAACAUACUCAACUGAGUGAUAACAGUGAUGGUAAGCACUCCAGAAAUUGUAUUUCUUUAGAAAAGAAGUUGGGAGUGAUAAAGAGGUAUGAGAAAGGUAAAGCAUCACGUGUAUCAAAAAUUAUGCAAAGGCCUUAUUUACGUCUCGGCCAUAUAUAUAAAAAAACCAAAAAACUUUGUUUUGCACAUUAGUCGACCACAAGCUUUUGGGAUUUUUUUUUUUUUUAAAUACACUUAACAUGUUGACAUACACAAUCAAUUGUAAUAUAAUUAUAUAUAAGGAGUCGGAGUUGGUGAUACCAUAAAACGAAUAGGUGGAGUCGAAGGUUUUGUGUACUGACUCUACAGCCCUGGAUUGUUACAGAGAUUCUAUAAUUACUUUACACUCCCAUCCGAAUGUUUUGUUUUGUUUUUUCCAGCAUUGGAUAAAUGUACAUUCCAAAUCCAACAGGUUAUAGACAAAACGUACAGUAAAAUAUUUCAGAAUACUUUUUUGGAACAGUGAAAUCAGUACUGCAUGAAAUCCGGAUCCACUAAAGGAGCACUUCAGAAUGCAGUUAACCCUUUUUAAUAUAAUGUAGUUAAAAAAAA